AGAGAUGCCCAUUCGCUGGCGCUUAGUGUUCGUGCUCGUGUGCGUCUCUGUGCACCAGCUCACUCCCGCAGCCCCACUCCAUGCACAUGCAUUCUUUCCCGAUUUAUUUCUUCCUUUUUAUCCUUCUCCCAUCCCCAUCUCCACUUUACUCCACGCAGUCUGAGUUGAGGGGAGGUUUCAGAUUUCGCCAUGGAUCCCUGCCCUUUCCUUCGGAUCCUUGUGGGAAAUCUAGCUCUCAAGUCUCCUGCUCUGAUCCCCUCCAAGUCUGCCUUCUCGCUUGUUCAUCCUUCUUCUUCUCCCUUCUUUUGCAAGAUCAAGCUCGGAAAUUUCCCCUCGCAGUUCGCUACGGUUCCCUUGGUUCCACAAGAGACUCACACUUCGGAUGACGUCGUUUCCUUCACUUUGACUCGGAAGGAUAUCGAAAAGCUGGGGGAGAAGAGCCUUUUCUCCACUAAGGAGCCGCGUUUACAGAUUCUGGUUUACACUGGGCGGAGAGGGAGGAGUUGUGGGUUCAGCGCUGGGAAGCUGUUGGGUAGAGUCACGGUGGGGUUGGAUCUCAAGGGGGCGGUGGGUAGAGCUUGUGUAUUUCACAAUGGAUGGGUCUCCGUUGGCGGCGAGUCCUCUCAGUUGUAUUUGAGCGUUCGGGCCGAGCCUGAUCCAAGAUUUGUGUUUCAGUUUGGGGGGGAACCGGAGUGCAGCCCUCAGGUUUUUCAGAUUCAGGGAAACCUCCGGCAGCCGGUGUUUACCUGCAAGUUCAGUUUCAGAAACUCCGGUGACCGAAGCUUGAGAUCAAGAUCAUCAAUUUCAGAAGCGAGCACAUCGAGAAGCUGGUUCAGCUCUAAAGAUGAGGAUUCAAAGGAGCGCAAAGGGUGGUCGAUAACCAUCCACGAUCUCUCGGGCUGUCCCGUCGCCGCUGCUUCGAUGACGAAUCCCUUCGUCCCCUCGCCGGGCUCCGGCCGGGUCAAGCGGUCGAACCCUGGAGCCUGGCUGAUCCUCCGGCCGGAAGACGGGACCUGGAAGCCGUGGGGGAGGCUAGAGGCAUGGCGGGAGCCGGACGGCCUAGGCCACCGAUUCGAGCUCCUCCCGGACGCAACGGGCGGCCCCGCCGUUCUUCUCGCCAGUUCUACUCUCAGCACCAAAAAAGGCGGGAAAUUCACCAUUGACUCCAGCUCCAGGAACUUUCCGGCGACGACCCCGAGAGGCGCGUGCGAGUCCGGAACAAGGUCAUGGGUGGAAUCGGUGUACAAAGGGUUCGUGAUGUCAUCGACGGUGGGCGGAGAGGGGCGGUGCAGCACGCCGGAGGUGGAGGUGGGGGUGAAGCACGUGACGUGCACGGAGGACGCGGCGGCGUUCGUGGCGUUGGCGGCGGCCAUGGACCUGAGCAUGGACGCCUGCAAGCUGUUUUCACAGAAACUGAGGAAAGAGCUGAGAAGGCAGCAGAGUGAGGAGUUUGUCGUUUGAUGUGGAUUAGUUUGUCGUUUUGGUAGGAGUUAGAGCCUUGGAUUCCUAACGUUGGUUGAUGAGUCACUGUACAGUUACCACCACUUACACUUUUUCUCUAUUCGUAUUUUUGAAAAUACAUUAAUUCUUUCAUUCGGUUGUUCAUUAGCUGUGUUCCAUGAAUAUAUUGUCGGCAGAAUAUUCAUUUUCCUGCCUGCCAAACACUCAA